CUUUAUAAAAUUCCCUCAUACAUCCGCCUUCACGUUAUAAACAAAGCGACGCGACUGUCACCGCAAAGAGAGAGAGAGAGAGAGAAAGUUUUUGUGGACUUUUUAUUUUCGGGUGUUUUCAUCUCAGGACAAUCAGAAGUUAAAGCAACAGGCUCAACAAGCUCUUUGAAAUGGAUGACAUUCGGGUUGAGGCCAAACCCCUGCUGGUUGACAGGGAACUGCCGGGCUUGAGAGAGGCCGUACAGCAGCUCGUUGUCAAGGAACAUGAUGUGGACACUCCUCAAGGAAGAAUCCACUGUACAAUGAAGGGGGUUCCCAAGGCCGAAAGACCGGUCAUCCUCACCAUCCAUGAUAUUGGACUGAACCACAAAACCUGCUGGGACUCGCUCUUCAGCCAUGAGGACAUGUCAGAGAUCAUGCAGCACUUUGCUGUUUGUCACGUUGAUGCCCCUGGGCAGCAAGAGGGAGCUAACACCUUUUCCACUGGAUAUGAGUACCCUUCUAUGGACCAACUCUCCGAGACUCUCCCACUGGUGCUGAAGCACUUUGGGCUGAAGAGUGUUAUUGGAAUGGGCAUUGGAGCCGGGGCCUACAUACUGACCAGAUUCGCUCUGGACUACCCGAACAUGGUAGAGGGGCUACUGCUCAUCAACAUCAACCCAUGUGCUGAGGGUUGGAUGGACUGGGCUGCACACAAGAUCAGUGGCUGGACUCAUGCCAUGCCGGACAUGCUCAUCUCCCACCUCUUUGGAAAGGAGGAGAUCCACCACAACCAGGACCUGAUUGGAACAUAUCGCCAUCACAUCCUGAACGACAUGAACCAGUUUAACCUGCAACUCUUUGUCAAGUCCUACGAAAGUCGGAGGGAUCUGGAAAUUGAGAGGCCGGUCCCUGGAAGCAACGUCAGAACCCUCAAGUGUCCUUCUCUGCUGGUGGUUGGUGACAGCUCUCCUGCUGUGGAGGCCGUGGUUGAAUGCAACACCAAGCUGGACCCAACAAAGACUACCCUGCUCAAGAUGGCUGACUGUGGAGGCAUGCCCCAGGUUGACCAGCCUGGCAAACUGACAGAAGCUUUCAAAUACUUCAUUCAGGGCAUGGGAUACAUGCCCUCUGCCAGCAUGACCCGCCUGGUCCGCUCUCGCACCGCCUCCGGCUCCAGCGUCACCUCCUUCGACGGCAACCGUUCCCGCUCCCACACUAGCGAGGGGAACCGCUCCCGCUCUCACACCAACGAGGGCAGCCGCAGCCGCAGCCACACGACUGAAAACCAGCACGCACGCUCCCACACAGAAGGCUCCACAGAUGGCACGGCCAACAGCAACGUGGACCAAGCCGUGCCCAAGUCCACCGAAGUGUCCUGCUAAGUGAACCUCCACUCUCCAGACACCAAAACCUCUUAAGGUCCCUUCGGCUUGUGCUGCGUUGCCUCUAACUGACACACAGACACACACAUUCCUAGGCACAUACACACCGAUGUGGAGAGGGAAUCUAAGAUAAUAUACCUGGAAUUGUAAAAACGCACAAUGGGCACUCGCCUGCUGACUAUUCAGUGCAGCUGAGAUGUCCCAAUUUGAAAAUAGAUGUCUUUUUAGUGAGAGGUCAGGGUCAACUGUAUGCCUGCUUCUGAGCUCUUUGAUCAGGUGAGUGUGUAGUCAGGGGCAACGCAGCAUCUGGGGACACCGAAGCAGAGAAUGUUGGCGUAAGCUGUGGCUAUGAGUAGGCCUACACCAGCUUGUAUAUGUAUCUCACAUAAUCUCUCAUACAUAUAAAAAAUGUUUUAAUUUCCAUUUCUGCAUCCCCUCGUCCUGUUUUUAUCCAUUUUUACCAUAUUGACACAGCUUUCUCAAAUAUACCUGACUGUAAAUGACUGUUUUCUGUUCUCACUGUAAUUGUUUGAUCAUUUAUUCUUUAUUUUCCAUAUUUGAAGUGUUGUCGUUUGUACGUAGGAGCAGAUUUGUAGAUGUGGAGGGAGGAUGGGGAGGCACUUGGAUAAAUAAAAAUGGCAGUUUGCCUCAUAAAUUGCUAUGUAAUUUUGAAAAUUAAGGGACAGACUUCAAGUAUAUCAUGUAUAUACAGCAAAUAAUAUUACUUCAUCUUGCCAAUGUCCAUUAUCCUUUUUUCAAAACGUAUAAAUCUGUUCACUGGUGAAAUCCUUUCAGUAAACACAUGAUGAUUUUUAAUACAUUUCAAUGAUGCUUUGUCAUUAAUCAAAACACAUUCUGAAACACAAAUUCAAAAGCUUUUACAUCAUAUGCUUUAUUAAUGGAUCAUGGCUUCAGACAAAAAAAAAGUUUUUUUUCUUCUUUUUUAUAAUGAUUUCUAUGCAAUCAAGCACAAUGGAACAAAGAUGUGCCAUGGAAUUGUUCACUUUUUAGACGUGAUGCUCCUAUGUGGUUGUGGAUUUUUGGGUGAGUGAAGUGAUAGGUCCACAUGUUAACAUGAGGAUAGCCAUAGAACUUACCUGACACCUCCUACUCCUGUAUUUUACUUGCGACAUUUUGCUUUGUAGAACAGAUACACAGCUUUGUAAAGAUGUGAUGCACAACUGUCUAAUGCUGUAGAAAAGCAUUAAAAUGACAUAACAGUUUGUAUUUAUUAAAAAAAUGACAAUAAAAACUUGUAACUGA